CACCACACAACAUUUCUCAUACUAGUGGCCUGCUUGUUUAUAUGCCUGUGGGCUUGUGAUGGGGCGUGAGUUUAAAUCGUGAAUUUAGUGUGAAAUUUUGUUGCUAGCGAUGCAGUCGAGUGUGUACGUGACUGCCUCGGGCCCGGCCCUGUCCCUCUUGCUGUACGAGAACACCAAGAUAUCUGGGAAUCAGAUGGGGUUUCUGCUGGGUGCUGUAGUGAAUCGGGUGACUGACACAAUAAGUGACUCUCAAAUUAGAGAUGAGAAAACCGAAACAAUUAUAAAUAUUAGUUCAAUUUUGCCCAUUUCCAGUUCUUGUAGAGUAAUAAAUGGGGCAGGAAGAAUUGACAGGGAGAAACUGAAUGCUUUAGUCAAAACAGAGAAGAAUCAGCAGGUCAAAAAUGGGAGCCAAAACCAUGAUAUUGUGGGUUGGUACAGCUUUAAGCGGAAUGAAGUUUAUCAAAUGUCAAUGAGAGAGCAAGUGAUUCAUCUCCAGUUAACAGAAAUGGCAAAAGACUUCUGCCAAACUAGCACCCCAGAACUGUUCGUUCUAUGUCUUCUCUCCAGCAAUUUGACAUCAAAAGCCACCCAUGUAUUCAAACAUUCCUUCAUGCGCUACCUAAGUGAAAAAAGUACUUUCGAUCUCAUUCCUCUUCAAAUUCAUAAUCUUGGAAUGCCCCAAUCUACCCAGUAUCAGACCACAGCCUGUGUCCCAAGCAGGGAAGCUCUACUGAGUGACAUUAUGGAGCGUGUCAGGCCACAAGGCAGAGACCACAUGAUGCUACAUGUUCAGGCCGAGCUUCAAGUGAUACUUAAUCAACGAGUUCAACAAUUGUCUAGCGCUGAGAAUAAUCGUAUGGCAUUGGAAGGUGAAGUUGAUCACCUGAAGAAGCAGCUUGAAGCUGUGGAAAGAAGUCAACAGUUAAAACAAAGAAAGUCUCUGCAAGGCCAAAACAACGGGUCAGAUGAACACCAUGACCGUCAGAGCAAUCAUGACAGGUCUUGUCAUAGAAACUCUGUUGGAGAUGUGAGCAACAACCACAGCCCUCAAAUAAUCAAGUCAGAAAGUCCAUACAGUUCUGAUCGCACUAGUCCUAUUUUCGGAUAUGGUUCUGCUCGACGUUCCGGGCCUAACCGUUCACAGACUCCGGACUUGAUGAAAAAAACGUUGCCCUCUUAAAAAUUGCUCCUUAUUUUAUGUGAUUAAUGUGCCUUAAUGUUACCUCUGUUUGUUUUUACUUACUUGUGGAGCAUCACUUAAGUUUCCGUUAUCUUUGAUAUUCCUUUGUUUUGUGUUUGACAUCAUUUUGAUUAAAAAAAAGUACGAUGUUCAGUUUCCA